AUGGCGACCAAAAUAAUCGACAUACGCACGGACACUGCCGAGUCGGAUAUCCUCGCUGAUAUCAAGAAAGGUCUUCGGCCUGAGAGUGGCGGCGAAAAAAAGCUGCCUACGUUGCUGCUUUAUGACCAAGAAGGCCUUGGUCUAUUCGAAGAGAUCACGUACCAAGAGGAGUAUUACCUAACGAAUGCCGAGAUUGAAGUCCUCGAGACGUAUGCGGAGAAAAUCGCCGAACGAAUCCCGACGGGGUCCAUUGUCGUGGAACUGGGGAGCGGCAACCUCAGAAAAGUCAACAUACUCUUGCAAGCCGUCGACCGUCUUGGCAAAGACGUCGAGUACUACGCUGUCGACCUUUCCCUGCCGGAGCUGGAGAGAACAUUUGGGGAAAUACCUACAGAAGGGUACAAACACGUCAAAUGCUUUGGCCUCUAUGGCACCUAUGAUGAUGCCCUUGAGUGGCUGAAGACUCCCGAAAUCGAAGCGAAACCGAAAACAAUCCUUUGGCUGGGCUCAAGCUUGGGCAAUUUCAAGCGCCAUGAAGUACCGCCAUUCCUUGCUGGAUUUGGUGCGGUUCUCCAGACUGGCGAUACCAUGCUUAUCGGUAUCGAUUCAUGCAAGGAUCCCGAGCGUGUUUACCAUGCAUACAACGAUCGCGGCGGUGUAACACACAAGUUCAUUCUCAACGGGCUGAAGCACGCGAACGCACUCAUGGGCGAGGAAGCUUUCGACAUCCAGGACUGGGAAGCCAUUGGAGAAUACGACGUACAGGCUGGAAGACAUCACGCUUUUGUCGCACCACGCAAAGACACUGUCGUCGACGGUGUUCAUAUCAAGCAGGGCGAGAGAGUUCGUAUCGAAGAAUCCUACAAGUACAGUCGCGAGGAAGCAAAGGAGCUCUGGGAAUUGGCCAAACUCGCAGAGAACGUUGUAUGGGCAAACUCGAAGGGCGACUACGGCCUGCAUUUCGUCUCGAAGCCUGCAAUGUUCUUCCCUACCAAACCUGAGGAAUACGCAGCGAAGCCGGUGCCAUCUUUGACCGAGUGGCGUGAGCUUUGGACGGCCUGGGACGCGGUCACGAAGGACAUGAUACCCGAAGAAGAGCUACUAUCUAAGCCGAUCAAGCUCCGCAACGAGUGCAUCUUCUACCUUGGCCACAUUCCUACAUUCUUGGACAUCCACAUCGCCCGUGCCACCGAUGGCAAGCCGUCAGACCCCGCCUACUUCUGGAAGAUCUUUGAACGUGGUGUUGACCCUGAUGUUGAAGACCCAACUCAAUGUCAUGCUCACUCCGAGGUUCCCGAAGCGUGGCCCCCGCUGGAGACAAUCCUGAAGUUUCAAGAGACUGUGCGACAAAAGGUUGAGGCGCUGUACACUUCGGGAGAAGCAGAGUCGAACGGUCGCGUGUCGCGAGCACUGUGGAUUGGCUUUGAGCAUGAAGCCAUGCACCUGGAGACGUUGCUCUAUAUGCUGAUUCAGAGUGACAAGGUCUUGCCACCUCCAGGAACCAAACUCCCAGACUUUUCGGCGUUUGCGGCGCAAUCUGAGACCCUAGCAACCGCUAACGAGUGGUUCACAAUCCCCGAAGCGGACAUCGACAUCGGUCUUGAAGACCCAGAGAAUGACUUUGAGACCAAGCGUUACUUUGGCUGGGAUAACGAGAGGCCUCACCGCUCAGCACAUGUCAAGUCCUUCCGCGCAAAGGCUCGGCCAAUCACAAAUGGGGAGUAUGCCACAUAUCUGUCUAAGACAGGAAAGACAGCCAUACCUGCGUCGUGGUGCGAACAGCCAUACUCAAACACUAAGGACCUGAGCACUGGCAAGAGAGACAGCGUGGUAAACGGCCACCACGAAGGUGGUAAUGCCUCACCUCAGAGCAUCACCGAAGGGAAGUUUGUACGCACUGUCUACGGCACUGUUCCCUUGAAAUUUGUUAUGGGAUGGCCUGUAGUCGCCUCCUACGACGAAUUAGCUGGUUGUGCGCAUUGGAUGGGCGGUCGCAUCCCUACCAUGGAAGAAGCACGAAGCAUCUACAGCUAUGUCGAUAGCAUGAAGCCGGAAUUUGAGAGCUCGCUUGGAAACAGGAUUCCAGCCGUGAACGGCCAUUUGAUCAACGAAGGCGUUUUUGAGACGCCACCAUCCCAAGCUUUGUCAAACGGCGACUCUGGCGCAGUAUCUAGUCUCAACCCACGCAAUCUUUUCGUUGACCUCGAAGGAACGAAUGUGGGCUUCAAACACUGGCAUCCAGUUUCAGUGGUCGAGAAGGGCAACAAGCUCUGCGGCCAAUCUGACCUGGGUGGUGUUUGGGAGUGGACUAGCACUGUGCUGGAGAAGCAUGACGGCUUCGAGCCGAUGGAGUUGUAUCCAGGCUAUACAGCCGAUUUUUUCGACGGUAAACACAACGUCACGCUGGGUGGAUCGUGGGCGACGCAUCCGCGCAUCGCUGGGCGUAAGACCUUUCUUCUUUUCAAGUGGGAGGAUUCCGAGGCGCUCAAACACCACUGCGGCUUUUGCGAGCGUCCGUUGAGCCACCCCGGUGCGAGGGCGUCUUGUUUCGGCAAGCACAGUGAGCCAUGCGUGCGCUUCCAUCAGGCUAUGUUCAUGCGAUUUCGCGGUCAUACUUGCAAGUACUGCAUGGGCAUUGAUGAGCAACACUACAAGCGUCAUCACGACAUUGCCGAGCGCUUACGAGCCGUCUAUGAGAGUUGUGGCGAGAUCGACUGGAACAUCGUGCCGGACGAAUCUGAGCUAGACGAACGUGGAAGAGCGAGAGAUCUCGGCGAUGAGGACACUCCAUCCUCAAAGCGUGAGCGGAAGGAUGCAAAGCGUCUGGCAAGAGCGGCUAGUAGAUCUAGAGUCAUUACGCAGGAGGAGAUUAGAUACAUCGACUCCGUUGUACAUUCAGCUGAGGGCAUAACGAGCAACGACGCGGACGGGCCGCGGAAUCCGGAAGAGAUCGAGGAGAUUGAGCGACAGCUUCGUUACCACGCCCAUGUAUACAGCACGCAAGUCGGCCGCAAGGGAAUCAGAAAGCUCGCCGAGGCGCCUGUCGAGUCUUUAAACGUUGACUUCGAAGCCGAAAUGGACCGCAUCUUGGAAACCUUCCGUAUCAACGAGCUACUCAGGCGUAACACCAAAACGAAGGGUCUACAAGGCAAAGAACUCAAGAUGUUCCAAGGCCUCGUCGAAACGUUCAAGCACGCCGUCCUGGAGGACAUCGUUCUGGUCAAGAAAGACACUGCCGAAGUGCGAAUGCGACGAGCAGGCUAUCUCCGAUACACUAGUAAGACCGCGUACGGUAUUGUAGAAGAGAGGUACACUGGAAAGGACUGGAAAACUGGAGAGAAGUUCGCGUCUAGUCUGAGUGAUUUCAGUGGCGGUAUCUCCCCCACGGAUGAGACUGCUCCACUGGUCAGUGAUCAGGACGAUGGCCAGUCGCCGCCGCGGUCUAGUACCCUUGACAUCUCCGACCGAAGGCAUCUUGAGAGCAACCACAAGCGCGUGAGCGGCGACGAUGGACUCUACCAUGCAGAUAUCGAGCCCUAUCAUACUCCGCUAUUACUUUUGCCACCCGCCCCAACCUUGAACAGACAGUCGGCUGCGGUUCUGGUGAUCAACGUCAAGGCUUCAGAGCGGGGGCCAACUACAGUGCCUGGCCGGAUCAAGAAGUCACAACAAGCUCCUGAUGGAUGGCAAGUCGUCACGAAUGGAGUGACGCCAACAAAAUCGGUAGCAAAGACGCGCGCUUGGGGUAACAUUCCAAGUAAGCCUCCGGCUCGUGCUCCUCGGCCUGGACCGACUCCAUGGCUUUCCGAUUCGCGCGACUUCCCAAACCUCUCAGCCUCGCGGAGCUCUUCAGAUGAGCCUUAUAGCCCAGCUCCAGCAGUAAAGCCUCCAAAGGCUUGGGGUAUGUCAGCACCCGAGAGUUUUACGACCGAGACGGAAGACUCUGUCAACGGCCACCCCGCAAUCUCGCAGAAGAAGAAGGCUAAGAAGGCACGAGAGGCGAAGCGCAAGGCAAAGAAGCAGUCUAUACCGGAGGCAGCUAUCAGUCUUCCUGAUCUCCGAAACGAAGCCACUGAAGACGUCUAUGACGUGGGUGACGUCUUAGCACAAUCUGCUUCCAUGCUACCUGAGACUAUACUCUACAACAAGGACCGCGAUAGUUCUCAAGAUGUGCUAUCGUACACGGAGAGCGCCAAUGAUCACGAUGCUUCCACUAAGGUAGUAUCAGAGCCAAUCUCCACGGACGCGACAUUCGCUAAGGGAGUGUCUCCAGUACCUCUGCCUGAACCUGUACUACCUAUCACAAAACACGGCAAGCACAUGCACUGGAUUAGGUUUGUCCGCAAAUUUAUUAGCGAUCAACUCACAAAUCCGUUCCCGCCGUCAUGGGAUGGUUGUUCACACAGCACAUCAUGUUCGUUUGAGAACAAUGACGUUCUUGAUUGUCCCUUCCAUGAGCCUCACUGCCCCUGUGUUGAUCCUCUGGGAGAUCAAUGCUACCUGGUGAUGCCAUGCCUAGACUUAUGUAGCACCGGGCCUUUCAACCGCCUCCGUGGAGAGAAACUACUAUCACUGUACGAGAAGGAUCAUCGGACCAAAGGCCGCUUGAUGCUAGUAGACGAUGACCUGAUCAACUAUCUCAUGGAAGACCCUGCUAUUCGAGCGCGCAAUGGCAACCUAGAUGGCGUACCUGAUCGUCUGCAGAAGGAGUACGACGGCGUUAAGAAUGGCUUCAAUCCUGGAGCACUAAUGGCUCAAGAGCUUCGAUUCGAGCGACUUUACGCAAAGAACGGAUUCAACAAGCAGGAGCUCACUCAGGUCAUGUUACAGGAUAUCCAGCACAACGAACUCGAGCGUCCAGGUACGGAGCGCAUUUGCUACUGUCGUGCUACUGCACCAAAGGGCGGAUUACUCGCGAAGGACACUGUCGUUUGCUCACAUCGCGACUGUACUACUACAUACUUUCACAAGUCAUGUGUAAAGAAGCUCGGUGUGGAGAAGGUGUCGCGCUGGUACUGCACAUCAUGUGAACAGCAGAUGAAGAUACUCGCAUGUCAGACGCUACGUGGACUAGGCUAUACUGAUAUCCCCACGGAGCAUCUUUGCAGCUCUUCAUGUGGGCUGAACGCGGAAGAUUUCGAAGGAAUGUUUGACGAGAGGUUUAGGCAGAUGAUGAGCUCACCCGACAUGGACUACCUGACACUGCUACCUCCCGAGAUUAGAGAGAAGGUUAAAGAACUUGGUGGGCUGCCUUCCAUGCCUGCACAGUUACAGAAGCAACUGAAAGAGAAGGUUAGGGCGCUUGGCAUCAAGUUAGCGGGAGCCGACGUUGACUUCCCGAUAUCUGAUGAGAUGCGACGCGUGCUUUGA